AUGUCGACUCCUCUAUACCCUCCUCAAUCACCAGCGCAUGCAGGUAGCCUUCGACUGCAGCACUUAGCGGCAUUGACCACGAUCCUACAUCGAUGUCUGCUCCAAGGGGACUUUACUCGAGCUGGAAGGGCAUGGGGGCUUAUCAUGCGAGAGCAAUUCAGAGGAAAGCCGGCAGAUGCACGACUGGAAACUCGAUGGGGUAUUGGUGCUGAGAUUCUGCUCCGGCGAGAUCAGCAAUCAGCCCCGUCAAUUGGUCACAUUGCGCCUACAGAUGCAGCUACCGGUGGCCGAACGCCUCUACCAUUUACCCACAAGGGCUUUGCAGAGGCAAAGGAGUACUAUGAGCGGCUGAUACUGAACCAUCCUUACCUGAAAACUAAUCCGCAUUCAAUCUCCGCCUUGCACUUUUACCCUGCCAUGUUUGGCUUAUGGGUCUACGUCGCGCAAGAGGAAAGUCAGUUUGAAAGGGAUAGAAUUGAUGACGAAGAGUCCGAUGAACUUUCCGAUGAGGACUUAAUAGACGAAUAUGGGGAAAAUCGCGAGUCAAACAGGAAACAGGCACUUGUUGCAAAAGUUCGUGGACAAGAACUGGAACAAGCUCAGCAAAUUGCCACUCGCAUUGACUCGCUCCUCGGAUCGCCUCCAUACUCCGAUUCCCCGGAAAUUCUCGAGCUUCGAGGCAUGGUAUCGCUCUGGAUUGGCGAUUUGCUUGCUCUUUCGCUGGUGAAACCCCCUCCCGAAUUCCUGGAUGAAUAUGGCUAUGAUGCAAUGGAUACGGAUGGAACGGAUGAACCCUUUGAAGUUAGACGCGAACAAACGCUUGCCAUGGAGCAGCGCAAAGUCGAAAUACACAAGUCAGAAGAGUUUCUGGAAAAGGCGAGGAAGCGCAGACGGGGCGUCUCGUACAAUAUGGAACAUCUCCAUAUUGAAAGUCCAUCAGCUCCAACAUCUCCCUCGCCUUUAUAUUGA